CCAAUUUAAAACACACAUGAACUAGUUUUAUAUAGACCCUCUGUAUAUCUAAUCUAUCAAAAAAAUAAUUAUUACAUCAUACUAGUUCAGAGUUGUCCAGCAAAUAUCUCUCCUCACGGGAUCAGUGCCGUAAUACUCCAUACAGCCACAGUUUCUAAGUACCGCUAGUCUGUCGGGCUUCCGUUCCAUUCCUGCCUCAGCUGAGCCAUCCGUCUUUCGCUCCCCCUCUAGCAACGCCCUGGGAUCCCCGCCCCCCUCACUCCGUCUCCCGCGGGCAGCUCCCUCCGCCCUUCCCUCGGCCUCCCGCUCCCUCCCUCCGUCCCUCCCUCUGCCUCAGCGGCUCGAUCUUCAGUGUUGACAUCGACACCAACAGAGCAACACUACGCUUGUGCUGCGUUCUUCUACAGUGAAGGUGCUUGGUAUUUCCUCCCGGCUACAAUGGCAGAUACUAAUAUUGUGAUUCUGUCUGCGGUGCGGACUCCCAUUGGGAAAUUUUGUGGUGGCAUAGGAGAUAUGAAGGCUUCAGACCUUGGAAGUAUAGUCAUAAAGGAAGCAUUGGACAGGGCAAAAAUUCCCCCUAAAGAUGUAUCAGAAGUUAUUUUAGGACAGGUCCUAACAGCAGGACAAGGACAGAACCCAGCAAGACAAGCUGCUGUAGGAGCAGAUCUGCCUUAUGAAGUACCGGCAUCUUUAGUAAAUAUGCUUUGUGGUUCAGGACUGAAAUCUGUUGCUUUAGGGUAUCAGGCCAUAAAGCUAGGUGAAGCAGAUGUGGUUGUUUGUGGUGGUCAGGAGAGUAUGACUCAGGCUCAUCAUGCUGUGAAACUGCGUCAGAAAACUAUGGGGAAUAUGGAUAUGGUCGAUACUAUGCUAGUCGAUGGGCUUGUUGAUGCCUUCCACAACUACCAUAUGGGAAUCACUGCGGAGAAUGUAGCAAAGCGAUGGAAUAUUUCAAGAGAUGAACAAGACAGAUUUGCUGUGUUUAGUCAACGAAAGACAGCUAAUGCUCAGAAAGAUCAGUGUUUUAAGGAAGAAAUUGUCCCUGUUUUGAACUUGAAAGUGCCUCUUCAAGCAGAUGAAUUUCCUAGAAAUGAUACAUCUUUAGAAGGGCUAAGAAAGUUGAAACCAUGUUUUCUGAAAGAUGGGACUGGUACUGUAACUCCUGGUAAUGCAUCAGGGUUGAAUGAUGGUGCAGCAGCACUAGUUUUAACAACGGAAAAAGAAGCUAAAGCCAGGGAACUGAACCCACUAGCUAAGAUUAUGGCUUGGGCUCAGACGGGAGUUGACCCAGCUGUUAUGGGAAUUGGACCUGUGUCUGCUGUAAAAAAAGUGCUCAGUAAAGUUGGCUGGUCAAUAGAAGAUGUUGAUUUGUGGGAGCUGAAUGAAGCAUUUGCUGCACAAAGUUUGGCAGUUUUGAGAGAACUUGGUCUUGAUAAGGACAAAGUUAAUGUAAAUGGUGGAGCUAUUGCCCUUGGGCAUCCAAUUGGUGCAUCCGGUGCAAGAAUUCUGGUGACUUUACUGCAUGCAAUGAAGCGACUUGAGAAGAAGCGUGGUGUUGCUGCUCUCUGUGUUGGAGGCGGCAUGGGAAUUGCUCUUUGCGUAGAGCGAUCUUAAGUCACUGUGCAUGAUAUUUUACAUUUAUUGUUGAGUGGAUUAAAUAUUUUAAAGGUUGUUAUAGGUACUGUUGAUUAGA